UAAAAAGUCAGAAAGCUCCAAAAUUUCAAUUAAAUAUUAAAAAUUUCAUUCCUGAAUAACUCAUCAUGAUGAGAAGAAACCGAAAUUUUGGCAAUAAUCGCAAUCAACAGUCAAAUUAUGACUCAAUGAUGUCAGGUGGAAGUAGAAGUAAUUCAAUGUUUGACGAUUUUGAGCCGAGAAACAAUUUCGGAUCGAGAAAUGACAACCGAGCGACUCCAUUAAUGAAUAUGAGAGCUGGAAUGUCAAGAAUGGACGACGAUGAGGACUUUACAACUGAUACUUAUGGUCCGGCAAAGAGUUAUGGAUCGAUGGGAAUGAACAGCAAGACACCUGAACAAAUUGCUUUUGACAAAGAGUUCGAAAAGUGGGAAAAAAGCUUCGAUGACUGGAAACAGAACAACCAAAGCCAUCCAGACCCUUCUCAGUAUCAAUUUUAUGAGCAAAAGUUUCUCAGUGUUCGCAGCAAGCUGCUCAAGAAGCGUCGUGAAAUCUAUGGCGAAGGAACUAGUUCUUUAGCAAGCAAGACUCCAUUUGACAGUCAACUUAAUGCUGCGGAUGCGAUGGCAAACUCGAUUUUGUCAAAGUUUGGAUCGGGAGGUGGAAAUAGCGGCAGGAAGAACAACAAUAAUAAUAAUAAUAAUAAUAACGGUGGACGAGGACAAGGGGGAAUGGGAGGAAACAAUAGAGGAAACAACAACAAUGGUGGAGGCAACGAUAUCUUGAAUAAUGAACUCAUAUUGACAGCAUUAAAGGUCAUUAGUGGAGGCAUGGGUGGUCCAAUGGGUGGUAAUAUGGGUCCUAUGGGUAACAUGGGUGGUCCAGGAGGUCCUAUGUGUGGUCCAAUGUUCAAUCGAGGAUAUGGAGGAGGUGGAUAUGGUGGAAACUUCAAUGAUGGACCAUAUGGCAGUGGAUAUGGACGAGGAUAUGGUCGUGGAAAUAAUAACAAUGUUGGCUACAACAGAGGAGGAUAUGACAAUGGUCCACGCAGUGGACCAAGACGUCCAGGUGGUGACAGCAGAUUGGGUCCUAGAAAUGCUGGGUUUGGUCGUAAUGAACCAUUUAAGAAGAAUGACGAUAAGAAGAAGAAGAAGAAGAAGCCAGCAGGCGAGAAGAAGGAAAUGAAGCAAGGAGAGAUCGACUCUCGAACACCAUUCCUCGAUCGCAUUUCAAUCAUGUUCGAGGAAGCUCGUAACACCGAAUGCCCGAAACUUUUGUCAGGCGCCGGCAACAGACGUCUCAGAGUUUUAAAGGAAAAGGAAGCUGAUAAAUUGUCAGAUCGGGAGAAGUUGUUAAUUGAAUAUGCUGAAUAUGUGUUCAAGAAACGUGACGAAUACUACAAAUUACAUCCAAAGGAAGAAAAGGAAGAAAAGGAAGCAACAACUGAAGAUGUUGCAAUGGAAGAAAAGGCUGAGGUAAAGACUACUGAUGCACCAGUUGAGGAGAAAACUGAAGCUAAAGUUGAUGAUGUCGAAAUGAAUGAGGAUGAGUUACUCAAAGAUUAAGACUUGAAUUUAAGAUUUAUCACAUUAAAUUAAUAGAGUUUUUUUGUGUGGACUUUGGGGUCGUUCACUUAUGACGUCCCGGAAGGGGGGG